AUGUCGAGCGAUACGAGACCAUAUACGAUUGAAAAUGGUAGUGUGGUGGAAACAUGCGUGCUCGAAACGCAGCCGGGGAUCAAAACAGUGGCCACGCCUACCGAUCUAUCGCGAGAGAUCUGGCCUCUCGGUGUCUUCGAGCAAAGACUCCAUAACGUCCAUCGGUCUUAUGGAUGCCCGGCAUUUGACCCUGACAUGGCCAACGAGCUCCUCAUCAACACCACAAUCUCAGCACUGGCCCUAAACCAGCGCUUCGACACCGUCAACGGCACAGAGACCCGCACCUUCAACAUCUAUCGCUUCGAGAACAAACUCGCCUUCUUUCUACCAUACGGUCUCUCACUCGCUCUAGCGAUACCAGUCCUCGUGCUAGGGCUCAUAGCACUCUACGUCCAAAACCACGGCGUCUCGGCUAUCAGUGGAGGUUUCAUGCAGCUUCUGAUGACAACUACUGGACGGGGUUCACUUGAAGCGGUGGUUACGAGGGGCUCGGGUACGCUGGGCGGAUACGAGAAUGUUUCGGAAGAGCUGCGUGGGAUGGAGGUUAGGUUUGGAGAACUCGUUGACGCUGGUGAGGAUGAAGUUAAAGAGACUGACACGCUUCUGAGCGGGCGUGAUGGGCUUGUCGAUGUGCAGAACGAUGAUAGCUCGCAGUCAGGUGUACGAAUUCUGUCCGGAACAGAGCGGUUCGAGAACAGCGUUUCUGUAACGCGAAGAGCCGGAUUCGGCACGGUCGAUGAAGUGAUACCAUUCAGGAAGGAAGCAGAACAGUAG